CGUCUCGCCAAUCCGGCCGAGGCCAAAUCCUUUUGAAAGUAAUCAUGAAGUGUCUAUAGCUCCUGCCUCCUGUCACCUAUCUCCUGACUCCUUGCGUAUUCCUCCCCUCCAAAGAAUCUCGAGCUCCUCCCCCCGCCUCACCACUUGAACCUCCGAAAGCCUCGCGCUAGGAGCUCCCCCACCAUGCCUCACGCGUCCCUAUCUCGCGAAGCUGUCGCUACCCACAACAAGUCCGACGACCUGUGGUGCAUAAUCGACCACAAAGUCUACGACCUCUCCGACUUCGUGGACGCACACCCCGGCGGCUCGGUCGUCCUAGAACAAAUCGCUGGCACAGACGCCACCGUCGCAUUCUAUAACCUCCACCGACAGGAAGUACUCCAGAAGUACACUUCCUUAUGCAUUGGCACUGUCGAAGGCGAGAAAGCGGAGGUCAUCGUCCCGAAGCCCGGGGAUUUGAGUCCAGUCCCAUAUGCGGAACCCCUCUGGUUGAGACCGCAGUUCAAAAGCCCAUAUUUCAAAGAAAGCCAUAGAGAGCUACGGCAGAAGGUGCGGGAGUUUGUAGAUACAUAUGUAACCCCUGAAGCGCAGGAGAAGGAAAGGGAUGGGUCGUAUAUUUCUCAAGAACUGAUUAACCGGAUGGCGGAAAACGAUCUUCUUGCGAUGCGGCUAGGGCCGGGAGAGCAUUUGCAUGGGAAGAAAUUGAUGGGGUUUUUGCCGGGCGAGGAGUUUGAUUAUUUGCAUGAUCUGGUGCAGGCGCAGGAAUUUGUGAGGGCGAAUGCGAGGGGUUUUCAAGAUGGAAAUAUGGCGGGCAUGAUGAUUAGUUUGACGGCAGUGAUGCAGUGGAUGGGAAAUGACGAGUUGAAGGAGAAAGUCAAGGAAGAGGUGUUGCGGGGAAGGAAGAAGAUGUGUUUGGCUAUUACAGAGGCUUUUGCUGGAAGCGAUGUAGCUGGCCUCCGUACCACUGCUACAAAAACUGCCGAUGGAAAGCAUUAUAUUGUCCGUGGCACCAAAAAAUGGAUCACGAACGGCAUGUGGUGCGAUUACUUUGUCACGGGUUGCCGCACACCAAAAGGCUUCUCCGUGCUCCUCAUCCCGCGACAAGAAGGCGUCGAGACAUCCCUCAUUAAAACCUCAUACUCAACAACUGCCGGAACAGCCUUUGUUGAAUUUAACGAUGUGAAGGUGCCAGUGGAGAAUCUCCUCGGGCAAGAGGACAAAGGCUUCAUCGUCAUUAUGAGCAACUUCAACCACGAGCGAUUUAUGAUGUGUUGUGCUGUGAUACGACAGUCUAGAACUGUAGUUGAGGAGUGUUUGAAAUGGAGCAAUCAGCGGAUUGUGUUUGGGAAGAAACUCGUUGAGCAACCUGUUAUUCGCGCGAAACUCGCAAAAAUGAUAUCUCACGUGGAAGCGAACCAAGCCUGGCUCGAACAAAUCGCCUACCAAAUGAGUCAAAUGUCGUAUGCCCAGCAAUCCAAACACCUAGGCGGACCAAUCGGUCUUCUGAAAUCGUUCUGCACACGUUCGGCGCAUGAGAUUGCCGAUGAGGCGGUCAAUAUUUUCGGUGGUCGAGGUAUUACUCAAACUGGAAUGGGAAGGGUGAUCGAACAAUUCCAUCGCACGUAUAAGUUUGAUGCGAUUUUGGGAGGUACUGAGGAGAUUUUGGCAGAUUUAGGGGUUAGACAGGCGAUGAAGGAUUUCCCAAAGAGCAUGCUGUAGACAUGAUAUGUCUUGGGAGAGUUAUAUGUAGGAUAGCGCGGAUAGAAUUAAG